UGACUGCGGGGGCGGGCGGUGUUCGUCCGCUCGGCGCUGCCGCACCGCACCGUGCGGCGGGGCUGCCGGCGGAGCGCAGGGGCGGAGGCGGCGGGGCCUUGCCACUGCUUAGCACCAAACCGCUGAGGAAGAAGAGGAGGGCGGGAGGCAGGCUGAAAGGUGCCGGACCCGGCGGCGCUGCUGCCGCGCUCGGCUCCGCUUGGCUCCCCCCGGCUUCCCCAUGGCCGCGGGCUGCAGGGACGGCCCGGGGCAGGAGAAGUACCGGCUGGUGGUGGUGGGAGGCGGCGGUGUGGGCAAGUCGGCGCUCACCAUCCAGUUCAUCCAGUCCUAUUUUGUUACGGAUUAUGAUCCAACGAUCGAAGACUCCUACACGAAGCAGUGUGUGAUAGAUGAACGAGCGGCACGCUUGGACAUUCUGGAUACAGCAGGACAAGAAGAAUUUGGAGCCAUGCGUGAGCAGUACAUGAGGACAGGGGAGGGUUUUCUGCUUGUUUUCUCAGUCACUGAUAGAGGAAGUUUUGAAGAAAUCUAUAAGUUUCAGCGACAGAUUCUUAGAGUGAAAGACCGCGAUGAGUUUCCUAUGAUUCUAGUUGGUAACAAAGCAGAUCUGGACCACCAAAGACAGGUGACACAAGAGGAAGGUCAGCAGCUAGCACGGCAACUUAAAGUCACAUACAUGGAAGCCUCGGCAAAAAUCAGAUUGAAUGUAGACCAAGCUUUUCACGAACUUGUCAGAGUUAUAAGGAAAUUUCAAGAACAAGAGUGCCCUCCUUCACCAGAGCCAGCACGGAAAGAAAAAGACAAGAAAGGCUGCCAUUGUGUUAUUUUCUGAGAACCCCAAGAACCAAGCUAUCAACUGCCAGAUUUGCUUUUUUCUCUUUUCUCUCUCCAUCAUUUUACGUCACUUCCGGUAUUGGUCUAGCCUUAUACGUGCAUGUCCUAAAAGCGGUCACCAGAAUAGCCUUAGUCCAAGAAGCUGGCAGAAUAGUCCUUGAAGAAGACUCGGUCAUCCUGGGGCAGACUUCAAAACAAAACACUAAGGCUGCUUCUUUAAUACCACAGUUCCUUCCUUCCUCUCCCUUAGGAGCUUGCACCUUGUGGAGUUAUAUUCGCAAUGGAGAUGAAACAAAACCGUGUAGGACGAGGUGCUGAAGUCACGCCUAAGUUGUGUCUCAUGAGUUAAUUUAUUUUUACUUCUGACAUUUCAUUAGCUAUUACAAAGACCUAUAUUGAAGUACAGAGAAUACUUUUUAAAAAAGGGGUGGAUUGGCUUUUUUUUUGGUUUGGUUGGUUUGGUUUUGCCCUCACUUAAGUUAGACUUGAGUAUUCAGCUAGCCUUAAACCUACACCGAAUUUCUUUGUCAGCAAAAAAAUUUCAUCUCUCAUUUAUGCUGCAGUUUUAUUUCAGUGGCCAAAACAGUCUACUGUAUUUAUUUUUAUGAAUCCAGAACAGCUACGGGAUGAUUACUACUACUAUUAGGAUAUGGCCAAAUACCUGAGCUCAUUCUGGAUUUGAGGCAUUUCAGCUUACUAAGAAAUUUCACAUCAUUUGUUUGGAAACAAAUUGUGUCUUCCUUUGUAUUUCUGGGUAAGGGAUUAAGGAAAACUAAAAAUUGUAGCUGUUUUUGUUUCAUGUGAUAUAAAAAUGAAUUUGAUCUUUCCAUUGUCAGAGAUGAUUAAAUGUUUUUGCUAUAUACUUUUAUACAUUAUUUUCUUAUCAAACUAGUUAACAAGUAUUUUUAUAUGUUUGUAAGCAAAUAUGCUUUCACAGCAUAACUUGUGUAUAUGUAAAGAUGAGUAUUUAAUUCUCACAGUUCACUUUUAACUGACAAAAUGUGGGAUUUGCCAAACUGUGGUAAACUUCUCCUUACUCUUCUGGUGAUACCCGAGAACGGCGAAUUAUGUGCCUGCCCAACACACCCAUAGAGUAAAAUCUAGUGUUGUGUUCAAUGGAUUUCAGUAUCCCUUACUAAAGACUGACCAUUAUGUGAAUUAUUAAACUGUAAGACUUCUAACUGAUUGUUUAGUUAAACUGUGGAUGGUCGUUUGAGUUCUGUGGAUUGUGUUUAAACAAUUCAAGAGUAUGGUCCCUGAUAUUGAAAUACUGAGUGGUAUUGCACAGUUGUCACCUUACUGAAUGUGUCCAACAGUUCUUUGAAACUUGAUUAUUAAGCAAACCCUUGUAUAACUUCAGGUGCUAGAAUUAAAGAUGAUCUAACCAUUA